AUGCAAAUUGCACUCGCUCUACUACUUGCACUAGUUUUCGGGAGCCCAACGGCGUUAAUACUAGAACAUUGUGAUGAGAGAGCACUUGGUUUGGCAAGUGGACGGAUUACGGACGCACAAAUAACAGCUAGUAGCAGUUUUGACAAACAGAGCGUCGGACCGCAAAAUGCGAGAUUGCACUCGGAGCUCGCAUCUGGUGCCUGGUGCCCGAAACCGCAGAUCAAUUCCAAGUCAUACGAGUACUUGCAGAUCAAUCUCAAUUCAACGUUCCUCAUAACUGCUAUUGAAACGCAAGGCAGAUAUGGUAAUGGAACCGGUCAAGAAUUCGCCAGUGAAUAUAUGAUCGACUACCUUCGACCCGGGUGUCAAUGGAUGAGAUACACUAACCGCACCGGUCAUAUGUUGAUGACUGGCAACUUUGAUACAGUGACCGUUGUUCGUCGCGCAUUAGACCCUCCAAUUGUCGCUUCAAAAAUCCGCAUUGUGCCGAUGUCAAAAGUGACCAGAACAGUAUGCCUCCGAGCGGAUCUUCGCGGAUGUGAGCAUCACGGAAUUAUUUACUAUUCGACUGCACCUGAAGGCUCAAGACUCAAUGAUCUUGAUUUCAAGGACACUAUUUUUGAGAAUAGUCAACUCUUGACAGAAUCGGGAAUCCGAAGGGGUCUUGGACUUCUUACUGAUGGCUAUGUUGCUCAUUCCUCGCCGUUCGAAAAGAGCCAGAAGAAUGCUAGUUGGAUCGGAUGGCAUAAGAACAGUGCGAGCGGUGUUGUUCGGAUUCUAUUUGAAUUUGGUGAACUUCAUAACUUCACCGAUGUCACCCUGGCAACAUACGGAAAUCGUGUGAAUCAAAUCAAUGUGAUCUUCAGUCAAGAUGGUACUAAUUUCCCAUUGCACACCGAAAUCACUUCAAGCGAGCCAAUCUCUUCAAAUAGCACAAGUCGAAUGUACUAUUUUCGUGUUCCCCUUCAUCAUCGCUGUGGGAUCAAAGUUCGAAUGACAAUUAAAUUUUCAUCUGAAUGGAUGUUUUUGACCGAAGUUCAUUUCAAUUCAACUUCAAAUAUUACAUCGAGUACGAUAAAAGUUGCGGUCCCUCCAUCAACGGAAAAUAAGAAGAUGAUGGUAUUGGGUGGUGUUAUAUUUUUAACCCUUCUCUCAUGCGUCGCCCUCUGCGUCACAAUGUUUUUGAGAAGAAGAAAAUAUUCGGAGAAGAACUGCGAUCAGAAUUUGAAGAAGGAUCUAAUUAUUACUCAUAUGGGAAAUAAGCCGACGUGCCAUGUAUUCCCAUCGAAUAAGAUCUCACGAGCUCCAUAUGAAAUGGCAAAUGAUAUUUAUUUUGCGAAAUCUCAAAAGUCAACACUGUUAAGUGUUUCCUCAAAGAGUACGAGUUCGUAUCGACCACUUCCACCAACAUGGAGCGAAUUCAACUUUCCACCUCCACCACCAGCUCCACUUAUUAAAGAAGAGCCAGUUUAUUCACAGCCGUUGAGUCCGGGAAGCAACUCAUCAAUGCGGAGAACUCCAAUUUCAUAUGAUAUAAAAACCUAUCCAUCAAGCUCAUUAAUGAUAGGAAAAACUAUUGGUGAGGGCAAAUUCACGUAUAUUAAAGAGUGUAUUAUCUUCGGUGGAGUGAAAGUUGCUCACAAAUCAACUAAAGAGCCAAAUUGUAUUCAUGGAAGAAGAGCAUUGAAGGAUGAAUUCGCAAUGCUAACCAAGUGCGGCAAACAUCCAAGAGUGGUAGAGCUGAUGGCAAUCGAUGAGCAUUUGAACCUUCUUCUUGAACACAUCGAAUUGGGAAAUAUCAAUGUUUUCAUGCAAACCACACCAACACCGCUUGACAUUGACUUCCUUCUUUCAAUUUGCUCUGAUGUUUGCGAAGGAAUGGCACAUUUAGAGCAGCUCGGCAUUGUUCACGGUCAUUUGACAACCAACAACAUAUUGUUGACAAAUGAUUUCCGUGCGAAAAUUUGCUCUCCGCGAGGCCCAGCUCAUCACGCUCAGCUGCGAUACUCGGCUCCGGAGUGCAUUGUCGCCAAUGAAUUCACUCAUAAAUCUGACGUUUGGUCGUUUGCCGUUUGCGUUUGGGAAAUGAGCUAUCAAUGUCGACUUCGGCCAUUCGAACAAUUAUCAAACGAGCAAAUUGUUGAUAACGCGUGCGCGCUUCUUGAAAAUAGACCCAAUACGGUUACUUUGGAAUACCCGCCGAUAUUCAACAACGACCUGCGCCGGUGCCUCAAUCAGUCUUUCAAUGUGAAUCGAGUCGAUCGGCCAACAUUCGAAAAGCUGAUGAAACUUCUUUCCUGA